GUGAAGUUACUUGCCUAAUGUUAGACAGAAAGUCACAUGCGCCAACUUAACAAAUGGUGGAAAGUCAGAACUUCUAAAAUCAGGAAGCAACAAAUCCACACUAAAGCACAUAUGGACAGAAAGCAGCAAAGACUUGUCUAUCAGCCGGCUCCUGUCACAGACUUUUCGUGGCAAAGAAAAUGAUACAGAUUUAGACCUGCAGUAUGACACCCCAGAACCUUAUUCUGAGCAAGACCUCUGGGACUGGCUGAGGAACUCCACAGACCUUCAAGAGCCUCGGCCCAGGGCCAAGAGAAGGCCCAUCGUUAAGACGGGCAAGUUUAAGAAAAUGUUCGGAUGGGGUGAUUUUCAUUCCAACAUCAAAACAGUGAAGCUAAACCUGUUGAUAACUGGGAAAAUUGUAGAUCAUGGCAAUGGGACAUUUAGUGUUUAUUUCAGGCAUAAUUCCACCGGUCAAGGGAAUGUAUCUGUCAGCUUGGUGCCCCCUACGAAAAUCGUGGAAUUCGAUUUGGCACAACAAACCGUGAUUGAUGCCAAAGAUUCCAAGUCCUUUAACUGUCGCAUUGAAUAUGAAAAGGUUGACAAGGCUACCAAGAACACACUCUGCAACUAUGACCCUUCAAAAACCUGUUACCAGGAGCAGACCCAAAGUCACGUGUCCUGGCUCUGCUCCAAGCCCUUUAAGGUGAUCUGUAUUUACAUUUCCUUUUAUAGUACCGAUUAUAAACUAGUACAGAAAGUGUGCCCUGACUAUAACUACCACAGCGACACACCUUACUUCCCCUCUGGAUGAGGAUGAACUCGGGGGUGAGACUGAAGCCUGAGAAAUUAAAAGGUCGUAUGACAGGGCUGUUACCUCAAAGAAGACGGUCACAUCUGUUGCCUGGAAUGUGUCUACACUGCUGCUCUCGUCAACUGGCUGCACAUAUGCUAGUGGAAAACAAUUUGAUGUAAUUUCUGCCCAGUCAGCUUCAUCUCUCAGUAUAGUUGUAAAUCACCACAGAUUUUUAAAGCCACCCUUGAAGACAUGCUCGCACACCUAGAUGUACACAAACACACACUCAUAUGCAUUUCAGCCUGCAUCGGUCAUGAUUCCUGUUGAGAGGGCUUUCAUUGUCUGAUUCAUAGCAGUUCAGGAUAAACUAUCAUGAAGCAAAAGGAUUAACUAGACAGUGAAUGGUUUCUAACCCUUGCUGUUGUGGAAAUCUCUUUUAAAGUCUUGAGUACAUGCUAAUCAAUAGUCCCCCCUCAUGCAUUCCUGCUGCUUGGAGUAGCUGUACUGGUAAAUACUACUGUAGGAGUAUAUGCUUGUUAAAAUGGAAAAAAACUAUGUCUUUAGAGCUCAGUAUUCUUUAUUUUAUGAACACAACAAAGUGUAGUAACUUUUUCCCAGCAUACAGUAGGCACAUUCAAGGUGUUACAAGAUGGCUCUUUUUUUCUGUGGAGGGAGCCUGUUCUCAGUAAAGAUGAGCAAACAUUUGGAAUUUACAUGUGGGUAGAGAUUGGAUUACAGCUUUCAUCACCAACCAUUGGACUUUUGCAAAGUUGAGACCAGCUAAAGCUGCUUAAAACAAGUUCUGAUCAUUAUAUAAGAAGGGAAAUGCCUGACAGACACCAUGUAAGUUAUAAGUGUCUGUCUUAUCUUUACUACACAUAUUGUAACAAAUUCAAUAUCCUAGUCUUCAUUUGUAUGAAUGGUUUGUAUUGUACAUAGUUCAACCAAGUGUUAUUUGAGCUGCUUAUUAAUAUUAACUUGUACUUGUCUCUCUGCUUGUUAUUGGUUAAAAAAGAAAAAAAAGGAUAUGAGGAACCAUUUUAUCAACGUAGCUGUGAACUCCAUUAAAAAGACAAACUUAAUGUACAAAGCAUUUAUUCAGCUCAAGUAUUGUUGAAAACUAUACAUAUACAACAUUACAGUCUGUCUGUAUUUAGAUAUUUUAUUUCUGGACAAAAUGAAAUGUACAUAAAAAUAAAAUGCUUAAAGUUGAGUUUCAAUA